AUGGCCGAACACGAUAUUAGCAAGGAAAUUAACUACAGCGACAAGUACUAUGAUGACCAAAACGAAUAUCGCCACGUAACUUUACCACGUGAUUUUGGCAAUCAAGUUUAUAAACAUUUUGGUGGACAAUUACUCUCUGAGAAUGAAUGGAGAAGUAUCGGAAUUGAAAUGUCUCGUGGUUGGGUUCAUUAUGGAUAUUCUCCAUCUGAACAUCACAUUCUCCUCUUUUACAGAAAAUAUUCUGGUACAGGUGUCACUCCUCGUGUCAGACAAGAACAACAAUAUCAAAAGAUUAUUGAAGAACGAGACCAAAAUGUGUAA